GCUGGUGCUGCCAACGUGACGGCGGUGCCAUUACAGGAUACAAACAGAAGGUUAGCCAGGCUGACAGCAAGUAAUCUUUCAGCGAGGGAAGGGAUUUGAGGGUAGCGAUCAAUACUGUUUAUGUUAUGAGAAGAGGACACUGUCUGUCCAACGACUGCGAUUGACCACCAUGGCUGCUGCCCCUCCACUCACACGGUCGGAUUCGGCUCGGGGGGAGUUCUCCCCUCUCAAGCACUUUGUUGUGGCCAAGAAGACCAUAAGCGAUGUGUUCGAACAGCUCCUGAACUAUGUGAAAGAGACUUCAGACUUUGUAGAGGAAACCUGUGGGAAUAAAGCGUUGGAGAACAUCGCCAGCCAGGAUCAGAAGUUGGAGAUUCAGUCGUAUGCUGAUAAACUUGCUGUCAUUAAGGAAGUGCUGGCACGCAGACACAUGAAAGUGGCCUUUUUUGGCAGGACCAGUAAUGGUAAAAGCACAGUGGUUAACGCCAUGCUGAGGGACCGUGUGCUGCCCAGCGGGAUUGGCCACACAACUAACUGCUUCCUGAGUGUGGAGGGCACUGAUGAGGACAAGGCCUACCUCAAGACGGAGGGCUCUGAUGAGGAGAAGAGCAUCAAGACUGUAAACCAGCUGGCUCAUGCUCUCCACAUGGAUGAGAGUCUGGACGCCGGCUGUCUCGUCCGUGUGUUUUGGCCAAAGACCAAGUGCGCUCUGCUUCGAGACGACCUGGUGCUUGUAGACAGCCCAGGAACAGACGUCACAUCUCAACUGGACAGCUGGAUUGACAAGUUUUGUCUGGAUGCCGACGUCUUCGUGCUGGUUGCCAACUCUGAGUCCACACUGAUGAACACGGAAAAACACUUUUUCCACAAAGUAAACGAACGUCUGUCAAAGCCCAACAUUUUCAUCCUCAACAACCGCUGGGACGCCUCAGCAAACGAACCAGAAUACAUGGAGGAUGUGAGAAAGCAGCACACAGACCGCUGUGUGAACUUCCUGGUAGAGGAGCUGAAAGUCGUGGACCGCGAUCAGGCACCCAACCGCAUUUUCUUUGUGUCCGCCAAAGAGGUGCUAAACUCACGCAUGCAGCGUGCGCAGGGCAUGCCUGAAACAGGUGGAGCUCUGGCUGAGGGCUUCCAGGAGAGACUGAAGGAGUUCCAGAGCUUUGAGAGGAGGUUUGAGGAGUGUAUCUCGCAGUCAGCAGUGAAAACAAAGUUUGAGCAGCACACUAUCAGGGCCAAGCAGAUCACAGAAAAAGUCAAGAACAUCAUGGACGCCAUCAACAUCGAGGCAGCGGAGAAGAGAGUGGCGGCCCUGGAGGACAGAGAGUAUCAGAUGGACCGGCUGGAGUUUGUCAGGAAUCAGCUCAACUUGCUGAUUGAUGAUAUCAAGAAAAAGAUCAAGUCCAUCAGUGAGGAUGUAGCGUCAAAGGUAUCCAGCGCCAUGGAAGAGGAGAUCUGCCGCCUCCACGUCAUCGUCGACGAGUUCCAUGCUGACUUCCACCCCUCGCACCACGUCCUCAAGAUCUACAAAUCGGAGCUGCUGUCUCACGUGGAGGAGGGGAUGGGCAAGAACCUGGCCUACCGCUGCUCUGACGCCGUCUUCGCUUCUGUACAGUCUUCUCAGAAUUACAUGAUAGAGAGUAUGCUCCCCCUGCUCCCCUCCACGGCCCAGAGCCAAGUCCACAUGCUGGUGCCCAGCAGGAAGUUUGACCUGAGUUACGACCUGAACUGCGCCACACUUUGCAACGACUUCCAGGAGAACAUUGAGUUUCAGUUUUCUUUGGGCUGGACGUCGUUGGUCCAUCGCUUCCUGGGAUCUGUCAACGCACAGAGAGCGCUCAAACUGGUGGACCAGAACUUCCAGACCUCUCGACCAGCUUUGCCCCUCGCCCGUACACCAUCCUCUGGACCCCCCUCCACGAUAGCCCCGCCCAACAACGAGACAGCUCUCAUGACCCAGGAGGACCUGAUGGUAGCCAUGGCAACCAACGUGGCAUCACUCACCUCCCGCACUUCAAUGGGCGUUGUCAUCGUUGGAGGAGUGGUGUACCGAGCAGUCGGCUGGAGGUUGAUCGCCCUGUCAGCCUCACUGUACGGCCUGCUGUACCUGUAUGAGAGACUCACCUGGACCACAAAGGCAAAGGAGCGGAGUCUGAAGCGGCAGUUUGUGGACUACGCGACAGAGAAGCUGCAGCUUAUCAUCAGCUUUACGAGUGCAAACUGCAGCAAACAGGUCCAACAGGAGAUGGCAACGACCUUUGCUCGGCUCUGUCAGCAGGUGGACCAGACGCAGAGAGAGCUGGAGGCUGAAAUCCGCCAACUGACAGCCAAGAUAGAUCAGCUGGAGACUGUCCAGAGCGAAUCCAAGAGCCUGCGACAUAAAGCGACAGCGCUGGAGAAACAGUUGGAGGCUUUCACAAACCAGUACCUGCAGCAUCAGCAGUGAGCUGCUUCACACAGUUUGGUUCUUGUAGAGCCAGUCAUUCCUCAGCCAGGAGCCGCCUCAGAGCGCCCGAUCCCCUUCACCUGAACUACCGCACAGUUUUUGUGUGGACAAGUCGAGCUGCAAAGAUAGGUGGAUUUGGUCUAUAAGCCGAAAAUAAAUCUCUAGAUAUUUUGAUAAUCAAUGAAAUGUUUGUCAAUUAUCGGGCAAGAAUACCAAACUUCUGCGACCUCGCACAUAGAAAGAUUUGGUCCUUUUGUGUCAUUUGUAAAAAAAAAAAAGGAAAAGAGAAAAAAAAAAGAAUUAGAAAAGUUAUUUUGUCACACCAAAUAGGCUAUUUGACAGUUUUUGGUAACUUAAAGGCUUAUUUUUUUUUUGACAUUGUGUAGAUUAAUUGGUUUCUUAAAGAAAAACAAGAUAAUCAGUAAUUGAUAAUGACAAAAAAAACAACCUGUAGUUUUGCUCUUAGUGGACAGUGGAGUGUGAAGGCCCAGACAGUAUUUCCCCCUCUUCUUCUUCUUCGCCCUCAGGUGCUUUCAGGUGCCUGAGACACUGCAGUAAAACUGUAAAACUAAACUGCCUGUACAACAAACAAAAACGGACUCAUGAUGUGCAGAGAUGCUCCGUAGGGUGGUGAUCUAAACUAGGUUGGGUGCUAUGAUCUGACACUAACUUGACACUAACUGUGAAUAUGCCUUUUUUUUGACUAACUUUUGUGGAGCAAAUGAAGUUUUAUGUGUAUGUAUCUGUCCAGGCACUUGAUCUGCUGUAUGUUAGCACCAAAACAUGGAUAUAUUUAAUAAUAAAAGAGAUCUGUUGUUCUGAAUUAUAAGGACCUUAUUAGCAUUAAUUCACUGGGAGGAAUUACUGAGUAGAAAGGGAAAGCAUGUCUUUAAAUCACUGUAGGUUCAUGUUCUAUUUUCUACAAAUCCUGCAACUGUAUAAAGUAAAGGCUUUGGAAAUCCUGAUAUAUUUUAUAAUAUCCUGUUUUAUUUAUAUCCAUUAGACUUGUAAUGACAAUUACACUAGUCUACACUCUAAACAUUUUUUUCUUGAAUGUGAAAUACCUCCAGAUUUUCCCAAUUGUAUUAAAUCUGUCACAAUUUAAAA